UUGUUUUCAUUCUGUGUGUUUUGACUGAAGUGUGGGUGUUGUGCAGGUAUCUGUCCUGCUGUAGUGCCCUCGUCUGUAUGCAGGGUCUCGGCUGUGUCUCAUAAUCUGCUCGUCUGUGUUGUCGUGCUGAAAUGAGUGAUGUUGUGGAGAAAACUCUCACUGCUCUGCCGGGUUUAUUUGAUUCUCAAACUGGAGCUGUUAAAAUCACCAACAGAUUAAGACAACUCAUCAAGAGCAUCACAGAACUGACAUCUAAACAUGAGGAGGAGAUCCUCAUCAAACAGGAGCUGUCUGCCGUGAAAGAGCAGGUUUCAUCUCCCAACACCACCAUGAAGCAGAUGAGAGAGAUCAUGGUGCGAGCCAUGUACUGUGAGAUGCUGGGCUACGACGCCUCCUUCACCUACAUUCACGCCAUCAAACUGGCCCAGCAGGGCGGUGUACUGGAGAAGAGAGUGGGUUACCUUGCGGUGUCUCUUUUCCUUAAUGAAGGCCAUGAAUUGUUGUUGUUGCUGGUAAACACAGUAUUAAAAGAUCUUCAGAGCACUAACCUCAUUGAAGCGUGCAUGGCGUUGACUGUAGUAGCUCAGGUGUUUCCCAAAGACAUGAUACCUGCUGUCCUUCCUCUGGUGGAAGACAAGCUGUCGCAUCCAAAGGAGAUCAUUCGGAGGAAAGCCGUCCUGGCGUUGUAUAAGUUUUAUCUUAUUGCUCCUAAUCAAGUCCAGCACAUUCAUAGCAAGUUUUGAAAAGCUCUGUGUGACAAAGAUCCGGGUGUCAAGUCAUCAUCCUUACAUAUUUACCUACAGCUGAUGACGGAGAGUCCAGACGGCUAUAAGGACCUGACGGGUAGUUUCGUCACUAUCCUGAAGCAGGUGCUGGGUGGGAAACUCCCGGUGGACUUUAACUACCGCAAUGUUCCUGCGCCGUGGCUGCAGCUCCAGCUGCUCAGGAUCCUCUCGCUGCUCGGGAAAGAGGACCAAAGCACCAGUGAGCUGAUGUAUGAAGUUCUGGAUGAGUCUCUGCGCAGAGCGGAAAUGAACCACAACAUAAUUUACGCAAUCCUGUAUGAGUGUGUGAAGGCCGUCUACACCAUCCACCCCAAAGCUGAGCUGCUGGAAAAAGCCGCGAGAUGCAUUGGGAAUUUUGUUCUGUCUCCGAAGAUCAACCUCAAAUAUCUUGGUUUGAAAGCCUUGACGUAUGUCGUCCAGCAUGAUGCUAAACUCGCCCUGCAGCAUCAGAUGACCAUCAUUGAGUGUUUGGACCACACAGAUUUCACUAUUAAAAGAGAGACUCUUGAAUUGCUGUUCAGGAUCACAAAUGCUCAGAAUGUGACCGUGAUCGUUGAGAAGAUGCUGGACUUCCUGCACGGUUGCAACGACGAGCACACCAUCAUCCAUCUGGUUGGAAAAGUCGCAGAGCUUGCUGAAAAGUUUGCUCCAGAUAACUCGUGGUUCAUUCAGACAAUGAAUGAUGUUUUUUCCACGGGUGGAGAUUUGCUGCAACAGGACGUCCCAAACAACUUCCUGCGACUGCUGGCGGAGGGCUCAGAGUCUAAAGAGGAAGAUGAUCAGUUACGGCUUUAUGCUGUCGACUCGUAUCUGACUGUGCUGAAGGGAGACGCUUCUCAUCUGCCCCAGCGCUUCUUACAGCUCAUGAGCUGGGUGCUUGGAGAAUACGCUCACCUCCAAGAGUCUGUGGACCAGCGCGAGGUCAUCCGGCUCCUGACGCAGCUGCUGGAUCAGAGAAGCGUGAGCUCAGAGACACGGGUCUGGAUUCUUUCUGCGCUGACCAAGAUCUCUGAGGGCCAGCCAGACUUGAUUCUGGACCUGGCUGAGGGUCUUUCGUCCUCCCAGGACACGGUGCUCCGUCAGCAGGCCCAGGAGCUGCGUCAGCUCAGCCAGGACUCACAGCUCUAUGAGUGGGUCCUGCCCCGUGGAGCCCCCUGGGACGGCAUGGAGCGUCUCUUACAUGAGCGCCGUGUUUUUAAUACGCUGUGCCAAGUUUCAAAUUUCAACUAUUACAUGCAGCGCUGCUCAUCAAUGUCAGUUCCAAAACAGUGGACCAAUCAGAAGACCCUGGAGGCGGGGCAAGCCUUGCUAGCUUCUGUUUACAAUAGCAGCUCCAGCACUCUGAUUCUUGAGGGUGUAAAGAGAGUUUGGGGGAAAGAUGGGUAUCUUCAACAAAAAGAAACAACAGCACCUCCGGUGGAUGAACCCAGUGCUGCAGUUCAGCCCUCCGGCCAACAGGAGGCAGCAGAGAGAUUAGAGCCACAGCUGGAGCCCUCGACACAAAACCAGGACAAACAGCAGCUGGCUUCCUCUCUGUUUGUUGGUUUGGGAGCCGGGAGCGCCAUGUCUCUGCUGGGAAAAUCUGAAGCCCCGCCCCCUCGCUUCAGAAAAAAGCCCCGCGCAUACGAAUCAUCAUCAUCAUCGUCAUCAGGUACCAGCGAGAGGUCUUCCGACUCCUCCUCUCGCUCCUCGCGUAGCACGACCGACAGCUUCCUGUACGGCAGUUUGCUGGAGGAGGAGCCAGCCACAUCCAUAUCUGCUUUUGGCCACACCCCCAAAUCCUCUACAGCCAAUGGUCCGGCUCAAAACAAAGAUACUAAAGAAGACAGACGCGCAAAAACCUCUCACAUACUGGGUGGCGAUAUGGUUAUAGUGCGGCCCAACACGAUCCAGGAUAAACAUCCUCCACCCGGGUCUUCAGAUCUGACCACACUGUUACCCGCUGACCUCAAAGACCUACCUCACUCUGAUGUCUCCAGCCUGACCUCUGACCCCAGCCUGUCUCUGUCCUCCUGCCGCCUGUUCAGAGAUGAAGCUUUGCUGCUUAUGAUCUUUAUAUCCAACUGCACGGAAACUGUAAUAAAAGAUGUUGCAGUGCAGCUGACCUGUGAGGAGCUGGAGACGGCGAGUUUGAGAGGGAACGUCAUGAACUGUCUGGAGGGCAACAGUACGUCUGUGUGUCAUUAUGCUCUGCUGAUGGACGACCCUCACACAAACGUGUCCUUUACCGGGACCGUCUCUUAUCAAACACAACCGGGACACACAAACACUCUCCCUUUCUCUGGGACACUGUCAACAGCAGACUUCAUCAGGCCUUUGGUCGUAACCACAGAGGAAUAUGGGAAACUCUGGCUGUCUCGGUCUCAUGACGUCAAACAGAAUCUGAAACUGCUCACAGAUGCCAGGGACCCACUCAGAACCACCCUGAACGCUCUCAAAGAUGCCCUACAGCUACAUGUAGUGGACAUCAUUGGCUCCGAGGGAAUCGUAGCGUGUCGGCUGCUCAGCGGCGCCCCCUGUCUUCUGCACUGCAGAGUGAACGGCGCUGCUCUGGCCAUGUGGCUGGGCUCUCCUCAUCCUGCUCUCCCAGACUGCCUCCUGUACCACUGUCAGAGAGCGCUCGCACAAACCCCCCGCUGAAACUUCCCAGGGAAGAUCCUUGACAAAAACAUUUCCAUGCAAUACCUGUGUAUUGCUUGUCUUAUGCCCUGACUAAUCAUUUUAAUGAUAUAUUUUUUUGUACACAGUUACGGAGCUGCUUGGUUUCACACUUA